UGGCGAGGCGGCGGGGGCGGGUUGUGGCGUGUGCAGCCGCCAGGCCGGCGGGCGGGUUUGGAAGAGCACCAUUCUAAGAUACAAAGAAAUCUGGACUUUUAACUGUAUGCUACCUAAACGUAGAAAUUUGAAAAUUGUAGCUUCCUUGCAAUUUAUUUUAUGAUAUUUGUACCUUUUACUUUUUCUGUAGUUUUUAUCCAAGAAAUACCAUGAGCACAACUCAAAGAAAACGUCGUGGAGGAGAAAUUGGUUCUAGGCAAACUCAAAAACGAAGUAGGCUGGCAGCUUCAGCUACAGAGAUGGCUUCAGAAGCAGAGCCAAUAGAACUUGAAGAAAGUGCUGGUGAAGAAGUAGUAGAUCUCACAUGUGAAUCUUCUGAACCUGUAGUAGUUGAUCUAACUCGCAAUGAUUCUGUUGUGAUCGUUGAAGAGAAUCAGCAACCGAGGCGAAAUCUAGGGCUAAGAAGCCAACGGCAGUCAGAUAGUUGUGUAUUAAGUAGUGAUGAAGAAGAUGAAUCAAGGGAUAAUGAUACGUGUGAAAGAAAUAAAGUUUAUGGAGGAUCAGGAACAUUGGAGGAUGAAACUACGGAUUCAAGGCCUUCAGGUACCAUUAGUUGUCCAAUUUGUAUGGAUGGCUAUUCAGAGAUUAUACAGAGUGGACGACUUAUCGUGGCAACCAAAUGUGGUCAUGUUUUCUGCAGUCAGUGCCUCCGUGACUCCCUUAGAAAUGCUAACUCUUGCCCAACUUGUAGGAAAAAACUCAGUCACAGACAGUAUCAUCCAAUUUAUGUAUGAGCACUUAAAUUCUUCUCAGGACAGCCUCAACUGGAUUUGGGGGAUAAUGUCAAGCCUUUCCAGUAUCCUGAACAUUAAAGAAAAAGCAGGUUGUAUACAUGUCCCAAUGUAAUAAAACUGAUUUUUGAAGAAUAACUUGUACAUAUCUAAACAGCUUUUUUCUAUGGUCCAAUCCUACUGUCAGAAGUUGCUUCUUGUUUUGUCACUUGUUAUAGUGUUAAGUUUUUGAGAGUCUGCAAACAGACCAGUUGGUAUGUAUUAGAAGUGAAGCAGUUUAAUCUAUUUUCUGCUGCUGCUUCUGAAAUGCUUGUACACAACAGUUCUGUUUUGAUAUUUCUUACGCUUUUUAAAAAUUACUUCUUUAUCCCCUCCCCUCCACCCAAAGUAUAACCAUUAUCUUGUCUGCAGUAUGAACAGACCUUUAGCUUUUUCAGAGUUUUCAGUUGAAUCUUACCAAGAUGCAGGUGGCUGGUAGCAAGUUACUGAAUAAAUCGCCUGCUGCUAAGGCACGUGGCUUAACUGCAGUGCAGUUUGUCCAAAUAGAAUAAGGGUUCUGUAACAACUGGACACUUGAUAACUUAAAGCAAUAUUAAAUUGACAGCCCUUGCAAUGCAAUAAAUUAACCUGCUUUUAGCCAGCAAAUCAUUUUUUCUUUAACCAGAACGCUUGAACUUGCAAACAUGUGUUUAUGAGCAACAUGAGGUCUAGAAUACAUAGCCAAAUUACAAUACUUGUAAUGUGAAAGUAUUUUGUUUCUGGCAUAUUGGAACUGCUAAAGAAUCCAUUUGUUUAAAUGACAACACUGUAGUAUUUCCUAAAUGUGAUGAUAUGAUCUCUUUUAGUACUGUUUUGUGGCUCCUUCUAAUAAUAAAUAGUUCAUUGAAAUGCCCCACCAUGAGCAUAUUGGUGAAGAAUAAGAAGCAAGUCACGUGUUCUUUUUUUAUCAGCUAAAUACCAAACUACCCAGACAUAGUGCGGUCCUCAGUAAAGUGUAAUCAGUGUAGUUUUUAAAGGUCAGCAUGUUCACUAAACUUUUCUGUUCAGCUGCUGUCUUGACAUCUGACAGGUUUUAGGCAUGUAUGCAGCAUUAACAGUUAAGUGAUAGGUUUAACCAUAAGUUUAUACAAUUCCAGCUUUAAGUGGUGGCUUGGUAUUAAUGAUAUUGGGGUGGAAGCUUUGAAAAAAGAGUAAAGCCAAAUUAUUUACUCUUUGUCCUUAAGAUGAAAAUGUGCAAUAAUAUGUAUAUUCCUCUCUCUUUCUUUAGUAAAUAUCUGUUCAGGUAUAUGCUCUGUAAAAAGGUUGUAUAUUAAAACAAGGUAAAAAUGCACAGAAGUGGGUAUUGGCCCAUUUGCUAUUAUUUUUCAGGAUUGAUUUCCAAGUACAGAAUCUAACAUUAUCCCAGCACAAAUCUACAAGCAGAUGUGGUGCCCCAGCUGAACAGAUGCAUUUAAUUGCAAUAACCUGUAAGUGAGAUAUUUACCAUACGAUUUGCUCUUUGGACCAAUGUUUUGAUCCACAUACAAUAGAACGGACAAAUACUAGCUGAUGAGGCAUCUUUAAGGUUGGAACUUAACAUGUUAAGCGUGAUUAAAAAUCAACUGGUGGCCACUUUGAAAGCUGGUAGAAAAAUAUUCUAACAGGUUUUCCUCUGGCUCAGAGAAGGACUUCUAAAGCAGAUUUGCAAGGUGUAUUUGGUUACCACAACUUCCUCACUAGGGGUUUGGUGGAGUUCUGCUUUAAAGCAGCAUGUUCUCUAGUGAGACAUUUAAACUUAGAUAAAAGCUAUGGUGACAAGACUAAAAAAAUUUUUUUUUGGUGGAAUAUUGCCCAGAUAUGUUAGUAUGUGAAUGGCCCUUAUUCCAUAAAGGCUACUGGACCUCCUGUGUUCUGGUCCUUGUAUAUCAGGGAUUUGGUAUUGUUACCUAGGAAAGCCUGCUGCACUGCAGACUAUGUAGCUGACAGUUCCCUGUAUAUAUUGAAGGAUAUAAAUCUCCUGUAGUUGCUUGCCUGUCCACUGAAUUGUGUAAAACAACAGCUAAAUGAAGACUUUUUUCUAAAAAAAAGUCUAGAGAAUUUCAUUGCAGUCCUAUCUUUUAAAUAGAGAACAAGCUUUGGGCUUUGUAUGUGUCUCAUGAAAAGUAAACUGAGAGACUAAACAUCAUCUUGGAGAUUGCUCAGAAGUGUCCAUCACACCCAAGGACAACAGCCCAGCAUGAAACUGUCUAGAAAUUUAGGGCCACAGACUUUCUUCUUCCUUCUAAUAGGUUCUUCAAAAAAAACAAGGUCAGGUUUACUUUGGAAACUAUUAUGUGAAGGGAAGACAGUAAAAAGAUUGACAGGGUUGAGUAGCAUGUCCCCAGAUGUUUCAUUGAGGUCUAGCCCUAGCCUGAACUGAGUUUGCACAAUUCCCUCUAUGUAAACACCACUUCUUGAUACCACUUUGUGAAUCAAUAUCUAAACUGACUUGGACCCUUAGAUACCAUCAACUAGAAUAUUUAACAAAAGUUUUUAGCUUUUGUGAAUCCUAUAAAGUGCCACAAAUUUUGUGUACUUGAAAAAAAAUUAAAACUUUCAAUAGCAGAAUGGCAAAUGUUAGCAUUGCAUUAUAAUAAAAAAAACCAAAAUAUAAGUGAUAUAUUUUUAAUUUCCAGUUCAAUGACAUUGUUUCAGUAUAACAUAGUAUCUGCAAGAACUGAUAGAUAAUAUAAAGUUUAUUGCAUUUUGGGGGUUUUUUUGCUUAUAAAAAUGUUUGUCUUGUUAUUGUGCACAGUUCCAAUUUUCUUGUAUUUAAUUGUUUCAUGUCUGUAUGUCAUGUCUACUUUAGACUCAACUGGUAGGCAAAUCUUUAACAGAUGGAAAUAAAAUUAUUAAUUUGUUCACCGAGAA